CUGACAAGCAGGCACAAUGACUUUGACAACAAGUAUAACCUAAAAUUUAAGUUAAAAGCAAUAUUUUAUUAUUGUAAUCCAGUAAGAAUUGGAUUUAUUAACAUUUCUGUUAUUUGUGACUUUCAGAAUAAUUUGUUACAAAUUAUAGUGAUGUUUAAAUAGUAAUUUUAUUUUAAUACACGUAUAUAAUAAGUGUAUUGGACAGGUAUAAUUUAACUUGAAAUCUAGUUCCCAAUAUCUAAUAAAAACGGGCUUUGCAAUGAAUAAUUCAAAUGAUACCACUUCUAAAGAUUGUGCUACUAAAAGCAACGAAUAUGACGAAAGAGAUUUUCCACAAUUUUCCCUAUUCGACAUAACAAUAGAUUCUGGUUUAAAAGAUGAUGAUGGCAAUGAGAUCCCAAGACCAUUUACAAAAAAUCAAAUGCGUAAGUGGUUAAAAAAAGUGAAAUGGGAAAAUAGGAAGGCGGAGAAACGAGCUACAGAAAAAGCAAGAGCAAAGGAGAGGCGGAGAGAGGCAAAAGAAGCAAAUAUUGACCUAGGGCCGAACAGAAAAGCACUAAAGAAAAUGAAAUUGGAAAGACCGAAAAGAAGUACUGCAAUAGUAAUAGAUCUUAGUUUUGAUCAUUUAAUGAUGGAGAAGGAUAGGUUUAAAGUAAUAAAACAAAUACUCCGAUGUUAUUCUAUAAACAGGAGAUCGGAAACACCAGUGCAGUUCCACAUUACUAGUCUAGGAGAAAAAUCUAAAAGUGAUAUGUCAAGGCAUAACGGGUAUGAACAUUGGGAUAUUAAUUAUCAUGAAGAGCCAUACCUAGAAGUAUUUCCUAAGGAAAACAUAGUCUACUUAACAAGUGAAUCAAAUAAUGUAAUUGAAAAAUUUGAAGAAAACACAGCUUAUAUCAUUGGUGGUUUAGUUGAUCACAAUAAACACAAGGGCCUUUGUCAUAAAAUAGCUGAAGAACAAGGCAUAAGACAUGCUCAACUCCCGUUAGACAAAUACAUUAAUAUGAAAACUAGGAAAGUCUUAACAAUUGAUCAUGUAUUUGAGAUUGUGCUAAGAGUAUGUGAAGGAAUGCCUUGGCAAGAAGCACUGUUAAAGGUACUACCCAUGAGGAAGGGAGCUUACGUUUGCGAAAAUCUUAGUCCUUCAAAUUCUAGCAAUGAUAUUUCAUGUAAUGGUGAGGAUUCAUAAUAAUAUUAGCCAAAACAAAUAUGUAUCCUUAUAUGUAGUGAGUAAUAAAUAAUAUUCUUAUUAAACAACAUGUAUUGUACUUAUUUAUAACUUGGUAACAGUGGAUAAUACUUGUAGAAUAAAUAAUAUAAUAUCACAU